AUGGGCUUUUUGAGGCAGGAGCAGCCGGAGGAUGUAAUCCAAACAGCCCCUGAUGAAGAUAUUGAGAAAAUCACCGUGCCCGCUCACCAGGAGAAACCGCCCAGUGCAAUCUUACCGGCUAUUGAUCCCGAGUUAGAGCGUCGAGUGGUUAGAAAAUUGGACUGGCGUGUUCCGACGUUAUUGGGAUUUUUCUAUCUCCUCGCUUUCCUCGACCGAAGUAACAUUGGAAAUGCCAAAAUCGCCGGCAUGAAAGAGGACCUCGGCCUCGAUGGAAAAAGCUACGCCUGGCUCUUGACAAUCUUCUAUAUUUCAUAUACAUUGUUUGAAUUCCAAGCACUGAUGUGGAAGAUUGUCAAACCGCACCAAUGGGCUACCUUCGUGGUAUUCUCCUGGGGUUUGAUGGCAACGUGCCAAGCAGCGGUCAGUAAUUGGCAAGGCAUGAUGGCGCUCCGGUUCCUGAUGGGCGCCUUCGAGGCUGGCUUCGGUCCCGGUGUGCCCUAUCUGCUGUCAUUCUUCUACCGCCGCCACGAGCUGGGUCUCCGAUGCGGUCUGUUUCUGUCUGCCGCGCCGCUGGCAAAUACAUUCGCCGGUGCCUUGGCAUAUGGUAUUACUUCGGGACAUGCUUCGUUGGCAAAUUGGCGAUUGCUGUUCCUGGUUGAGGGUGUUCCGGUCUGCGCGGCCGCCGUGCUGGCUUGGUUCUAUUUGCCAGAUAGCCCGCUGGACGCUAAGUUCCUGACUGAGGAAGAGAAGGAUGUUGCGCGUGCCCGUGCACUGCAACAAUCCGGUGAACCGGAUCGCACGGGCAAGAUCCAAUGGAAGGAAUUAGCCAUGACGCUUCUCGACGUGAAAGCGUGGCUUACAGCUUUGAUGUACUUCAGCUGUAACGUCAGUUUCUCUUCUCUCCCCGUGUUCCUACCCACCAUUCUCAAGGAGAUGGGCUUCACGGCCAUCAACGCCCAGGGGCUCACUGCACCUCCAUUCUUUGCCUCAUUUCUGGCGACGAUCGCGACCACCUGGGUGGCGGAUCGUAUUCAGCAACGCGGAUUGACGAUCGCAGCUUUAUCACUGGUUGGUGGCGUGGGGUAUAUCCUUUGCGCGACUUGCACAUCAGUGGGUGUUCGAUACUUUGGUGUGUUCUUGGCGGCCUGUGGAGUCUUCCCCUCGAUCGCCAAUAUUCUGCCGUGGGUUCUGAACAACCAGGGCUCCGAUACUCGCCGUGGUGGAGGUAUUAUUCUGUUGAACCUGAUCGGCCAGUGUGGGCCUUUCCUGGGCACCAACAUCUUCCCAGAUGAACAAGCCCCAAGGUAUGUAAAGGGUAUGGCAAUAUGUGCUGCUUUUAUGUUCUUCACUACACUCCUCGCUUUGUGUCUGCGUGUGCUCCUGGUAUGGGAGAACCGGCGCCUUGACAAGAAGUAUGGGCCUCGAAUUGAAGAGGACCCGACAAAAUCUGUGGAUGGCCCGGUAGCGGAGGAUAAUUACGGUGCCAAUUACCGUUUUGUGCUGUGA